UGAGGGGAUAUAAAUAUAUACUUCAUAUAUUCAACACAUUUGACUUCAGGAGGGACUACAUGGGUAUGGUUACUUCAGAUAUGGAGACAUCAUAAUUAGCUGGGUUCUCUGAUAGAUGCUUUGGUUUUUGGGGAUCCUCUUGACUGAUGAGAGAACCUAUUAUUUGAUUUUUAAUUUCAUGGCAGGUUAAUAGCUGUUUGAGGCUACUAGAAUACCAGGGUCCACUUAAAAUUUUUUGUUAAUGUGUACUCAUUGCAAUUUUUGCUGUUUAAGCCAUCAGGAAGAUACAAGUAUGAAUGAUAAUGAAUGUUUAAGGAUAACAGAAUAACAUGCUAAUUAUUAAGCUUUACUCAGCAAAGAAAAAUAGACGAUAGACUUAUAAAAAGUGCACCAAAUACUAAAAUGGAAAAUCAUUAUGUCUUUCCAUUCUUUAAAAUCAAGUCAGCAUGUAAACAUCCAUCCCACUAGCUUGCAGACAGGCAGACACCAAUUCUAACAGUAAAUGAAAUUGACUUUUAAUGUCAGUCAGUUUUUCCAUUUAAGACUGGGUGUAGACACCUAAUGGGCUGGUUGUGUGCUUGUAUGUACGUAUGUCAGUGUGGGGGUGUUCCUAUCUUUGUGGCCACAUCCUUUCCAGCUGUGGCUGCUUGCCCUUCUAAACAAAACCGCUCUUUGGAACAUCUGGAACCUCAUGUUGAUCACAUUGACUUCCUAAGUCAGGUAAGUCAUCCAGGGUCUCCUUUCUUGGAUCAGUGUCUGGCCAUAUGAUUGUACCUGGAAUCAUUAAGAGAGUCCUUUCUCUGAGAAACCUGCAGCAAGUAAAGCUGCAACUUUUGUCCUAAGACAUUUCAGUGCUAACGAAAAGGUAAUGUACUUGUAGGAAAAAAUGUGCCUGUAGAGAAGAGACAAAUGAAGAAAUCUUUUUGUUGGUUACAUAAAGAGCUGACAUCUAGAAAAUACUUUGCAUUAUUUUUACAGCAACAUUUAUCCUUCUUCUGGUUAAUACAGGUGUCUUAAUGGUGAAAGUUCAGCAUGUGGACAUGCAAAGGAGAGUGGUGAGGCGGGAGGGUGGAAUGGAUUUCUCCUGGUUUUACUGUUUGGUGAAACCAGGAAGUUCCACAGAUGGAAUCCAGGCUUCAAAUUCACUUUAAUGAGAGAAAAGGGGGUGGCAGAGGAAAGGGAUAACUAACUGGGGCAUGUGAACUGAAGCUGUCUCUCUGCUGCACUCCAGGACUCAGGCUUUUUCCAAAGACUUCAGAAGGAAUGAAAGCAUGUAAAGGCUGAAGAAAUCUAACUGGAGUACUUCAGUAGGGAAGUUUUCAAAAUGGAUGACUGGAAACCACUUCUUGUUCUUCUCUUUGUUUUCACCCUCUGCUCUAUAGAUGCACAGCAGACUGAUUGUGACAUAGAUCUUUCUGUAGCAAUUGAUAUUUCAAGGCGUAUGCAGCCGGCAUCCACAGUGCUUCUGAAAAAGAAAUUGCAAGCAUUCCUCCCCAAGCUUUUACUCCAGAUGAAACUGCUGCCAAAUACCAGCUGUAAUGCUGGUUCUCCAGUCAACAUUAGAUUCAAAUUCCAAGUAUUGACACAGACCAGACAAUUCAUCUUUGACUCUGAUUUUGAAGACUAUAAUGAAGAGAUCAUCCAGAGGUUCUUAGAUGCACAGGCCACUGUGGACACCUACCUGAAUGCACACUUCUUCCAAGCACUUGAGGAGAAGUUCUUCAGUGUGACCUCUGCUGAAGUUAAGGUUCUGUUAGUAUUUUCAGACGGGCUGGAUGAUUCACUGGAAGAUCUCAGAAAAGCAGCUGACUCUCUUCGCCUUAAAGGUCUUGAUGCACUUCUAUUAGUUGGCCUGGACAAUACACAGAACUUGACUGAACUUCGAGAAAUAGAGUUUGGCAGAGGGUUUGGAUACAAUGAACCUCUGAGUAUUGGGUUUGCAGAGAUUGCAAACAUCUUGCAGAGAAACCUUGAUACUGUUGCAGAAAGGAAAUGCUGUAAAGUUGUUUGUAAAUGCCUUGGAGAAAACGGUGAUCAAGGUAGCCACGGAAGUCCUGGAAUGAAGGGAAGUACAGGUUACAGAGGAUCUCCUGGCCAUCCUGGUGAGGAAGGUGGGAUUGGGGAGAGAGGCCCAGUUGGUUUCAAUGGGACUCAAGGAGACAGGGGAUGUCCAGGUGCCAGAGGCCAUAAGGGGGCCAGAGGAUAUAGAGGAAGUCAGGGUGAACAUGGUGAGAAUGGAUUUGAUGGCACUGCUGGAGAGCAGGGAGAACAUGGAUUUCCUGGACCUUCAGGAGAGAAAGGCAACAUGGGAAAACGGGGCAGAAAAGGCCCCAGAGGAGAACCAGGUGAACGAGGAGAAUCUGGUCUAAGAGGAGAUCAUGGAGAUCCUGGGACUACCAAUAAUGUUCCUGGUCCGAAGGGUGAAAAGGGAAACUCAGCACGGCAGGGAGACCCAGGACCACAUGGACUCCAAGGAGAGCAGGGUGAUGCUGGCCCUGAUGGUGCAGCUGGUCGAAGAGGCCCCCCAGGUCUAAAGGGUGAGCAAGGAGAUCUGGGGGAAGCAGGUUACCCAGGAAACUCUGGUCUUCCAGGCCCACAGGGCCCAAGAGGACUACAAGGAAGCAGAGGACCUCCAGGACCACAAGGCAUGCCAGGCCCUCUGGCUAGUCUGGGGGCUCCGGGUUCACCUGGCUCUGUUGGAAAGUUAGGUGCAAGAGGAGCAAAGGGUGAACCUGGUGACCCGGGAGAGAAGGGCCCAGUGGGACCAGCUGGAUGGAGAGGCAAGCCUGGCAUGGAUGGCAGAGAUGCCUACGGUCCUGAAGGAAGCAAAGGAGCAAAGGGAGAGUCUGGAUUGAUAGGAUAUCCUGGUCCAGAGGGAGAAGAUGGAGAGCCAGGCAUUCCAGGAGCUGAAGGACCCAAAGGAGUUAGGGGUAGAAGAGGUAAUGCUGGUACACCAGGUUCCCUGGGAGAUCCAGGGGACCAAGGGCCAUCAGGACCUGUGGGUGCCAAGGGACCAAUGGGCACCAUUUUAAUGGAACCUUGUGAACUUGUGAAUUUUACACGAAAAAACUGCCCUUGUUCAUCAGACACAUGUCCAGUUUAUCCAACUGAAGUGGUGUUUGCCUUUGAUAUGUCUGAAGAUGUUACACCAGCUGCAUUUGAAAGGAUGAGGACCAUUGUUAUGUUACUGCUGAAGACCAUUAAGAUCAGUGAAAGCAAUUGUCCAACAGGUGCUCGUGUGUCUAUUGUUUCUUUCAAUACCAAUACACGCUAUCUCAUCCGAUUCUCAGAUUUUCAAAAAAACAACUUGCUGCUACAAGCAAUUCAGAGAAUACCACUAGAGAGAUCCACUGGAAAACGUAAUAUUGGGGCAGCCAUGAGAUUUGUUGCAAGAAAUGUCUUCAAACGUGUUCGUCAGGGCAUCCUUGCAAGAAAAGUUGCCCUGUUUUUUGCCAAUGGUCCAUCGCAGGAUGAUGUUGCCAUCAGCACAGCUGUACUUGAGUUGAGUUCCUUGGACAUCACUCCAGUGGUUAUUGCCUUCAGUGAAGUGCCAAAUAUCAGACGUGCCUUCUCAAUCGAUGAUACUAGAAUAUUUCAAUUAUUUGUCUGGGAGAGACAACAGGAUGAAAGUUUGGAGAGCAUCACAUAUUGUACACUUUGCUUCGACAAAUGCAAACCAAGUACCAACUGUGAGGUGCCCUUUUCUCCUGCUGUUCAGAUGGAUAUGGAUAUCACUUACAUCAUGGACAGCUCUCGUAGCAUCAGCAGUGAAGAGUUUCAGAGAGCCAAAGACUUUGUGAGCAACAUGCUGGAUCAGUUUGUCGUUUCCUCACAGCCAAACGACUCUUAUGGAGGCAUCAGAGUGGCACUGGUGCAGCAGGCUCCCAGGGGCUUCUUGCCUGACAGAAACCAGACCCCUGUGGCCUUGGAGUUUGAUCUAGUCACAUACAGCAAUAAAGAUUUGAUGAAGAAACAUAUCCAGGAAUCUGUUCACCAACUGGAAGGGCCAUCAGCCAUUGCUUCUGCCCUACAGUGGACGGUUGAAAAUGUAUUCUUUAAAGCCCCCAGACAAAGAAAACACAGGGUCAUAUUUUCAAUAGUUGGAAGCAAAACAAGCACAUGGGACAGAGAGAAGCUGAGAGAGAUUUCACUUGGAGCCAAGUGCCAAGGAUUCACAUUGUUCACUCUUGCGCUUGGCAGCGAUGUGAGUGACAAUGAGCUGAUGGAGCUGUCAAGCUCCCCCACAGACCAGCACUUACUGACAUUGGGCAGGGUUUCGACAUCUGAGAUGGUGUAUGCUCAGAGGUUUAGCCGGGCAUUCCUAAAUCUUCUACAACAAGAAAUUAACAGUUAUCCUUCACCUGAACUUCAGGAAGAGUGUGAAAACUUAGAUCAGGAAGACAUACAACAGCAACUGUCUACAACUGAAAGGAUGCCUUUUCCUGGAACUGAUGGAACUGGUUAUGGUCAUGGUUUAGAAGACGUUGAAAGAACUGAAAGUAGAGUCCUGGAGACUGUUAUAGAGACCACCACAGAACCUAUGUACACAAUGCCAGAAAUGAGAUAUGGUUAUGAGGAGAACCAGUAUUUUACAGAGGAAGAUGUGGAAGGAGAAAAGCCACAAGAGUAUGGAGAAGCUCAGGAGGAGAAUGAGGAAAACUUACAGACAACAGUAGAAACUAGAGCUGCCUAUAGUGAUUAUGAUGCAUGUGGCCUUGCUCAAGAUAGUGGAGAAUGUGAGAAUUACGUUCUGAAGUGGUACUAUGACAAAGAGCAGAAAACGUGUGGUCAGUUCUGGUAUGGGGGCUGUGGAGGCAAUAAAAAUAGAUUUGAAACGCAAGAAGAAUGUGGAUCCUUGUGUAUAGAGUCUUCCUAAUCCAGAGACACGUAAAUUGCUUUAAUUCAUUAGUUACACUAUCAGGGUGAUGGGCAAAAGGGUUUGAAAGCUUUACAUAGUCACUCAGCUCCCACAUUUCAGUUGAAAGAUAUACUUGAUUGUAAAGUUAUUACCUAGUAACUUAAUAAUGAAAAUAAAAUUUAAAACUAUUUCUCAGUUGAUUUAACGUGUUGAGUACUGAGAAACUUCUGUUAGCUAAGAGCGUAUUGUUUAAAAAGGAUAAAAGUGUUGAAACUUGACUUUCUUCCAUAAAAACCAAAAUGUGCACUUUCUAAAUAUACUGAAAAAAUAAAACAAUACCUCAGAGAUUUUAAUGAAAUAACGUUGGGUGCAAGACACUAAUGCCAAAAUGUUUUGAUGCAUUUGCUUGCAUUUAUCCUGCUUACAGAAAAUGCCAAAACGCAUAUAGCUCUCAAAUGACAUUGACUUAUUAGAAUUCACUUCACUUUGAUUUAGAGUAUUUUCUAUCAUAAAGUCAUCUUGGCUUCUUAAUUUUUUUCUGAAUAAUCCAACAUGAUAAUAAAAUCAGUCAUUCUCAAAUAU